UAAGAAUUCCUUUUCCUGACGGGAAACUUUAACGAUCCUUUACUAUUCAUUUCUAAGGAUCUUUAAAAAUAUGCCUACUUUAAUAAUUUUUAUUUUGACUUAUAAGAUAACUUGUUAGAUCAACCCCUUUAACUAAAAAAUUUCCUCUGUGUAACCCAUUGGAUAGCUGGAUAUGUAGAUGGAUGGAGGAAAACUUUAUAAAGAUCCGCACUAGCCGCGCUUGGCUUCACACCUGCUCGCAUCGCGAAGAGCUGCAAACCAUCGUCCGCGAAAAUUAUAAGACUCAGAAAUCCAAAUCCAACCGGCAACGGUACUCGGAACUCCAUUCGGACUAUUAUGUAAGAUUAGGCAAUCUGCGAACACACAUCCACUUACCAACUCGCCCAACUCCCCCUACUUUGCGGCUGAUUCUAUUUGGCAAGUUGCACUUGAGUGAUUUUUCGGGCUUCCAAAAAAAAACGGAAAACUAACAAACCUUUGAACAGACGUGCAAUAUGUAAAGCGGCCCAAAUGACGUAGCCAAGAAAACCCGACAAAAGCUGCCAACCAAAGAUCGCGCAAUAUCAAAAACCAUUAUCGAAAGUGAGACCGAGACAAAACCCCUUAACAAAAAUAGCAGUGCGAACCGUUUUGUAGCGUUUUUAAGACCAACAUCAGAUCCGGAUCGUCAACUUUUAUGGCCAACGUCGCGAGGAUUUGCUAAGCCCCCCGAAAUGGGCCAUGUUGUUCGGUGUCAGUUGGUCAAAGUGCGUGCUGAGCUGUGAACUGUGACCCCUGAUUCGCGUUUGUGGGUGUGAAGAAAAGCACUUUGGAAAAUCCCAUUCACGUUGAGCAGGUCAGUGCCUAAACUGAUCUGGCAUUAGGAGGGUAAAGGGAUUAAAGACAAGGAGAUUUUAAUAAAAGAGCUGCCAGUCGAGUGCCGGACAUGAAGAUGUGCAGAUUGCCCAAGCAAAGGUGGCUCCCCAGGCCAAUUCUAGUGCUAAUGAUAAUGAUGAUGCUGCUCAUGGAAUUGCAGCAGCCCAUCAGUGGAUUGGAACAGACCACAGAUUAUUCGGUUGUUAGCAAAAGUGCUGGUGUUGCUACCACUACUUCGGCACCACCCACGCUUGUACCUCCACUUCGAAUCUUCAAAGGUAGCAUUCAGACCACAACUCCUUCCUCGAGAAGUAUCACCAGUCGUCCUUUGGCCGUUGGAGCUGAGGCGCAACAGGAAUUGGUUGGCCUUUCCUCAAAAUCAUAUAUCUCCGGACCGACUACACAACCUUCCAAGUUGUCAAAGAGAGCUGGACUAGCAGGACCUAAGAAAUUCCCCAAGGACGUCCGAAAUCGCAGCAGCAAUGCUGUGGAACGCAACAAACUGCAACAUGAAGUGCCCGAUCACGUGCCUGACUCCUCUGGUUAUAUACCCCACCGAAUCGGCCAUCCCGUGCACUUAGAUUAUGGUUCCACGGGAGUGGAUUCAAGUGGUGCUCCUACAGGCAGUGGAGCUUAUCAUGCGGUGCCCUAUGAAAACAGCAAGUGGCAGGAGGAGUACUGGGAUCAGGAGUACGCGGGCCAUCAACAUAAUGGAACAAGAGUCCAGCAUAUCGAAGCGGAGUGUCAGGAUGAUUAUAUGAAAAUACGGAUUGGUUUUAAUGGUUCCUUCAGUGGUUUGCUGUACUCGGCUGGUUAUGCCUAUGAUCCGGAUUGUAUGUACAUUAAUGGAUCUGGAAGGGAUUACUAUGAGUUUUACAUACAGUUGAACCGCUGUGGCACUUUAGGCAAGAACUCUCUACAAGAAGAAAGUCGCAAGAAUCCCACGAACUUUAUGUGGAAUACGGUAACAGUACAGUAUAAUCCACUCAUCGAAGAGGAGUAUGAUGAACACUUCAAGGUCACCUGCGAGUAUGGCUACGAUUUCUGGAAAACCGUGACAUUUCCCUUUCUAGAUGUGGAAGUGGCUACUGGCAAUCCUGUGGUCUUUACUUUGAGUCCUCCCGAGUGCUAUAUGGAGAUACAGAAUGGUUAUGGUAUUGGCGGUCCAAGAGUAACAGGUCCAGUGCGUGUGGGCGAUCCCCUGACCUUGAUCAUCUACAUGAGAAGCAAAUAUGACGGCUUCGAUAUAGUGGUCAACGAUUGUUAUGCCCACAAUGGCGCGAACAAGCGGAUACAGCUGAUCGAUCAGCAUGGCUGUCCAGUGGAUGACAAGCUCAUCUCACGCUUCAGAGGUUCCUGGUCCGAUUCUGGAGUGUACGAGACGCAGGUGUAUGCGUACAUGAAGACCUUCCGGUUUACUGGAUCCCCGGCGCUCUAUAUCGAAUGCGAUGUGCGGAUGUGCCAUGGGCGGUGUCCAAGCCAGCCAUGUCACUGGAGGAAUCUGAAGGCAGUGACCAAGCGCGACACCUCCAACAUGACAGCUACAAAUCUCUCGAUUCCCCCAUUGUCAUUCGAUGGUGAAGGACAAACCACAGAGAAUCCACCUACCAAUUCGCUAUCGGAGAAUGUGAAUCUCUUCCAAUCUCUGCGUGUCUUGCAAGAGGGUGAAACUGAUGGAGAUGAUGUGUAUGCCCAUCGGCAGACGAAGCCUUUAUCACCACAUCAAACAUGCCUGAAGACCUCCACAUUUUCCGCAUUAACCGCUGGCUGUUCGGCGGUAUUGUGCGUGCUAACAGUAACUCUUUUUAUUGCCUGUUCGAGGUUAAAGCGUCGCAAGGAGUCCUCACUGUACGAUUCCUAUAUAGCACACAAAGGACAAAUCGAUUGAUGAUGAGAAAAUUGGCCAACUAUUGGCCUUGUUCUGAGCACAUUGUGUAUAUAGCUUAUGGCCCACGACAUACUGUUUUAGUUAGAGCUAAGUUUACUGUAGUAUUUUCUUAGGUUCUGCGUGUUAGUCAUAAGUUUUGAUUUUGCCAACUGAUCGCGGGUGAAAAAAGUACAGAACACCGACGGUCCCUAAAAUUAUAAAAAAGAUUACAUUUUCGUUUCUUACCAAAUAAAUUUUUUUAAAGAGAUGAUUUUAUGCCUUAUAAUAACUUUAACAAGACAUCAAUAUCAAGAUCGGAUUUAUCUACAUUUAAUCUGAUUUUACAUUUCUUGUAUUUUCAAAAC